GGCAAUGAACGACCAUUUUGACGACGACGACGUGAGCGUGGAGGACAUCGUUGCUUUGUAUGGCCCAAUUCGACGAUUAUUAUGAAGCCCACUCUCUCAACCUGGACUUCAAAAGGGAUGGAGUAUUCACAUCGAUCAAGGGCACGUUUCUCUGUCUGUUGUACCUUCGGAUUCUAUCGAGCCACGUUCGACACCAUGACGAACAUUCGGCCUUCCUUCUCAUUGCGGACGCUAUUGACGCCGAGGACAUCACUUAUUGCUCUGCUCUUUGUUUCGAUCCUUCCAAUUGUCUCUGCUAAGCCUCACGGUAUUCAUGUACAUCUGUCUACCGGUGCAGUUUCUAUCGGAAAUGGCACGUCAGGGCGCGUGAUGUUCAUUCUCUCGCCCAACGGGACCGAUCCUCUUGACGACAUUGAUGAUACCACGACACCAGACUUCUUCUUCGGUAUGAAUGUCAACAACGUCAAACACAACGACACGAUCAAGCUAUCAGGCGGUACACGGCAUAAUACCGACAGAGGCGUUUUCGGUUGGCCGCUCGAGACCUUGGACGACAUACCAGUUGGCAUUUACCGAGCGCAAGCCUUCUUGAAAAGAUAUGAUACUGCCGUACGCAGCGAUGGAUCCGUGGUGAGGCUGAAGUUUCCUUGCGGCGACGGAAGCCCCUCAGUCUCAGGAGUUGGCGACUUGGCUUCUGAUGUAAUUGAUGUUCAUGUCUCUGGCAAGGGACAAACUAUCAAAUUACACUUGAACAACACGGUACCAUUCCCUGACUUCCAAGGCCACGAAGUUGGCGGGUGUUCACAAGGCAACUACGAAGAUACACAGUAUCUGAAGCACAUCAAGAUCAGAAGCAAGAAGCUCAGCGACUUUUGGGGUCGCGACAUGUUCUUGGGUGCGAAUGUUCUGCUCCCUCACGGCUACGAUGCCCACGACAACACCAGUCGAUACCCGGUCAUAUACUCACAGAACCAUUGGGCAGAGGGUGAUGGACCAGAUUCUUACUCGACAAGAGCCAGCUUUAAGGAGGCGUGGGACUCAGGCAUUAUCCCUGGAUCUGCCAACACGACUGAUCGCGAGACCCCGAAGAUGAUUCUUGUUGCAUUCCGUCACGAAACACCCUACUAUGACGAUUCUUACGCCGUCAACACGGCCAAUCUUGGUCCUUACGGUGACGCUAUCAAUGAAGAGCUUAUUCCGCAUAUCGAAGCUCAUUUCAAGACGAUAACUCAGCCAUACGCCCGUAUCCAGGACGGUGGUUCCACUGGAGGGUGGGAAUCUGCCGCCAGCUUGAUCUUCCGACCUGACCUCUUUGGUGCAUGCUUCUCAUCUUAUCCAGAUUCUUUGGACUUUCACAAACAUCAAGCGAUACCGCUGUACAAUAGUACCAACGCCUACAAGUAUCCGAACGGUAGUGAUAUACCUUCAAUCCGAGAAUUUGUCAAUGGUACACAGCAUAUAUUGGCUAGUACCGCCACGGAGAAUCACUGGGAACUGACUUUCGGCACCUCUUCGCGCUCGUCGCUACAGUGGGACAUCUGGAAUGCUGUCUUUGGAGUCCAAGGUCUUAACGGCUAUCCUCUCGAGCCCUGGAACAAAGUCACAGGAGAGAUCUACCCCGAAGCUGUGGAAUACUGGAAAUCAAUGGAUCUGGCUCAUCACAUCGUGAGCAACUGGAACAGCUCGCUACGCUUGGGCGAAGUGUUGCGUGACCGCAUUCAUAUUUCCGUCGGCACAUGGGAUGACUACUUCUUGAAUGAGGGGGUGGCUGAAUUCAAGAAACGCGUCGAGGCGCUGGGCGGCUCGAGUUGGGCUGAAAUAUCUAUUCUUCCAGAGAAGACCCAUGGCGGCUACUAUCGGGGUAUGGAGGUUUGGGACUACCUCGAACUUGUCAAGCGAUGGGUCGAUGACCAUGCUCCGAACGGAACGACGCCCCUUCAUGCUAAUCUGACUCCGAGAUCGGCACGCGGAAACAUCUGGAGUGAGGUUAUUGGUCGUGGAGGCCAUCAGGCCGCACUGGCGCGGCAAUCCGAUCCUGUCAUCAAAGUCUCUGGAGAUGUUGUAGGUACUGUGGGCCAGUGGGAUCCUGGCAUGAAGCUGGUUGGACGCUGGGUCAUUAACAAUCGAACGAGCGAGAAGCAUGGAUGUGCCACUUUCAACGUCACUCAGGGAGAAAGUGUUCAUUACAGACCCAAGAGCAUCGGAAUCACAGACCAGGUCCAAUUAUGGGUUACUGGGCGCAAGAUGGGGUAUGUCGAGGAGACCAGGAAGAGUAAUAGUGUGACUCUCUAGAGUUUCGAUAAGCAAAAUGAUGGACGCGUUCUCCGUGGCAAUCUGUGUGCGAUGUACAGACUGUUCUCACAUCCAACGGUUAGCGUGGUUGUCCACUUUCUCGCAUAGCAAGGGUGUUUAGCCAAUGACAGCCUUUACCAAAGUCGAUAAAAGCAGUGCGCAAGGCGUACGCUAACCGUCGGACGCAGGAGGAGCCUGUACUGUUGGCACCAGUUGGCUUGCUUCCCCAGGCAGCAACCUUUAGGCACGAAUCAGAUAGUGCAUCAUGUCAUGGAACAAUACGCUUUGUGCUGAUCGUAGUCACAGAACACAACCAAUUUCGCUUGACCGCGGGCCCAUACAGAUGUACGUCUCCUCCAGCCGUUCGCCAUCUAAACGAGCGCCGUAGAUCAUAGUGAGAUGUAGGAAUUGAGGUAGUCGAAGAAGAGAUUGCAGUGAUGCGCGCAACGGCAGCUCAGAUUUCUGACGUCAUCGUUUUCUGGAA